GGGCGUUUAUUGUCAUUAGGACCCCUGGAUGGACUCUUCCUCUGAAGCUUUGCUAAUUUGCAGCAGCUGGGCAAUGCUCCUCACUACCAUCUGUCCGUCAGCAUAGUCCCGCGUCAUUUCUCCGUGGUGGCAGGGACUGAACUCCGCAUUCUGUAUAGGAAAAGCACCUGGAUCCCUGUCUUUCAAUGGCUUCGAGACAACCAGAAGUGCCUGCUCUUGCGCCCAGUGGGCCUCUAGGCAAGAUGUCCCUGCCCAUCGGGAUGUGCCGCCGGGCAUUCAGCUAUGAUGAUGCCCUGGAGGACCCUGCGCCCAUGACUCCUCCUCCAUCGGACAUGGGCAGCAUUCCCUGGAAGCCAGUGAUUCCAGAGCGCAAGUAUCAGCAUCUUGACAAGACAGAGGAAGGAGCGGCCAGUGUCUCUUCCCUUGCUGUGACUCCAGCAACAGCCACUGACAGUUCAGACAAGACCCCUGUGGUGAAGGCUAAAGCUACCCAUGUCAUCAUGAAUUCCCUGAUCACAAAACAGACCCAGGAGAGCAUCCAGCGUUUUGAACAACAGGCAGGACUGAGAGAUGCUGGCUACACACCUCACAAGGGCCUCACCACUGAGGAGACCAAGUACCUCCGAGUGGCAGAAGCACUCCACAAACUAAAGCUGCAGAGUGGAGAGACAACCAGAGAAGAGAAGCCACCUGCAUCGGCCCAGUCCACCCCGAGCAGCACCCCUCACUCCUCCCCCAAGCAGAAGUCCAGAGGUUGGUUCCCUUCUGGCUCCUCCACAGCCUUACCUGGCCCAAACCCUCACACCAUGGAUUCUGGGAGUGGAAAUGACAAGAACUCAGCAGACAAAUGGAGCCUCUUUGGAGCCCGGCCCCUGCAGAGGUCUGACUCUGGUUUUGCUGUCCAGGCUUACAAAGGUGCCCCCAAACCCUCUCCUAUGGAGCUAAUGCGUGCCCAGGCCACAAGAGGAGGUGAAGACCCAGCAACCUUCAAGCCGCCUAAAAUAGAUGUCCCAGUGGUAGAAGGGAAGAAACCACCACCUCGAACCCAUAAUCUCAAACCCCGUGACCUGAAUGUGCUCACACCCACUGGCUUCUAGAAUGCUUUGUGUCCAGGGUCUGCAACUUUCCCUGGGCUCUGACAUAGGAGUGAUGUAGUUAACAGGAGGCCUGAGUGACAUUGUGCAGAUUGUCCUUGUGUGAGAGAAACCAUUUUGGAUUGCUUUCGGGUUGGUAGAAAACAUCAGUGGUGCUGAGUGGGGACCUCUUUUUUUUAAUCAUUUAUCCUAGAGAAGGACUUUGACCCUUGCUCUCCUGGGUAAAUAGUGCUGGUGUGUUUCCAAAACUUAAGGCCUCUUGGUUGUUUUCCUUUGAUCAACACGAGCAGUUACAAAUCAUGAUAGAGGUGCCCAGCAACUGUCUGGACAGCCAUGGCUUCCUGACAUGCUUUAGCUUUGUGAGUGGGCCUGGACUUGUCUGCGAGCUGGGUCAGUUCAUGACCACAGUGGCAGACCCUGGCUUUCUAAGCUGGAUCCCAGGUUCUUUUUUUCAUUGGUCCAGUGCACACUUGGUCCUGGCCGCUGCAGCUGGAGGACUGUUUAUCUGCUGUGUCUCAGAGCAAACACUAGCCUAGUCUCGCAGUCUCUUUUGCACUUUAACAUGAACUUAAUUGAAGUCCUAAUCGAGUCUACUGGUUUCAUACUGAUAAAGGUUCCUUUUCCUCCCCUCCCUUACUGGGGAUGAAGCCGGGUUUUGCUCAAGCUAGGCAAGCGCUCCAACCACUGAGCUUCAUCCCUAGUUCCUGGAUCUUAUUUUAGUUGUGUGUGUUUUGUUUUUUGAGACAGGGUCUCACUAUGUAGCCUUAGCUAGGCUGGAACUCUCUCAGUAGACUCACAGAGAAGAGCUACCUGCCCCUCCUCCCAGUGCUGGGAUUAAAGGCAUACACCAUCACACCCAGCUUAAGCUUCUGUUAGAGUAAAGAAGAUGACAGAUACAAUUGGAUUAUUGUCUUCAGAUUCACAUGAACUUGGUGUCACCUUAUUCUGAUAACUUUGAGGCCAUUUUCCACCAAGUUAGCCUCAUAUGUUUAAUAACACAUCUUACUAAGCAAAGGAAGCAAGAAAAUGCCCUUUUUUUCUUCUCAUUGUUCACAGGCCUGUUGGUCUUGCACACUGUCACAUUCGCUUGCUAGAUCAUUUUAGAUAGUCUGUUUAUAUAAUGAGUUAACUUUCUCACAGAGAAGCUCUGGAGCCCAAGAUUGUUGUAAAAAUUAAUUUAUUUGUGUUAUCUUGUAUUGACAAUAAAAAUCUUUACUACUUUCUCAA